CAGACGGAGAGCGGAAGUGUGUUGCGGUAGCUGGCUAAUAAGGAAGGCACUGUUAAUGUUCAGGUUAUUUUGGGUGAAUGAAAAACUCUGAUACAUCUACCCUGAAUGUAUCAGGAAACUUUGAAGGAUGGCGGAAGGUGGAGCACAUAAACAGCCAGGCCAUCUAAAUAACAAUUUAGGUGCUAGAAAGAAAGAGUGGAAUAAACGCAGAACUGACUAUUUUGUCAUGGUCUCAGAUGACUCUGAUGAAGAGAUCUCUGCUGCUCUAAGCAAUCCUGUUCAUAUCUUAGAUGAUGACGAGGAGGAUGAGGAUGUUGUCAUACUUGAGGAGGACAGAAGUCAUCAGAAACUUUUGCGUCCCAAUAUAAUUAGGCCAGCAGCAUCUUGGCAUGGCACAGAUUGUCCACCGGGCAAUGGGGAACCUAGGCCUGGUGUAAGCAAUCGUCCAACGUGCAGGAGAAAUCUGGGCAAUCAGCUUGGCUGGAGAAGUGUGAAUGCUGUUGCAGGACACAUGAAGGAUGCUGAUGAACUAACAAGACUUGAUCCACACAAGGACCUAGAAAGAUCAAGUACUGUUACUGCCACUGAUGUGUCCCAUUCUGCUGUUAGAAAAGAACUGGUUUGUAACAGGCCAGAGGUUAAAAGAGAACUGGAGGCAGGUGUUUUAUUGAUUGAUGCUGACUUGGCCUUACAAAGAAACAACCCUUUAGAUCAGCCCUUUUUUCACCCACCUGUCCAUGAAAGACUUUUACAUAAUGACCAUGCACCUCUGCAAAAAUACCCUGUAGCAUUAAAAGGAGUGGAUCAGUAUGACCAACCUGGGCCUGCUUUUCCGAGGAAUGAGCCAUUUGAGGAUGGCAUACCAAGCUCAUCCUCUCCUACGAUGGCUCAACCACUAGAGUCUCUAAGUGGAAGCCAAGAAAAUGUUAUGGUACACGAGCAGACAAGAGCAAUCCAGGAAAUUCCAGAGCCACAUUUAGAAGACCUCCCUGAACAAGAGUGCCUGGACAUAGAUGCUAACCUAAUAGCACAGCUUGUCACCGAAACGGAGACAAGAUUUCCAGAUGUUAAAAAAGGAUAUGUGAAAGAACUUAUUCUCUCCAAUCAGUACUAUGAUUUAAAUGUCAUAUGUAACGCACUUCUGGAAAAUUCUGACUACCCAAAGAGAGAAGGUGGUGUUGUGUUAAAUAACAAUAGCUGCUUGCUAACCAGCCUGGACAAAAAGGAGGUGAAAGUAGACUUUUUUAAUUUUACUCAACUUGUUCCUCUGGAUCAACGGUGCCUUAUCCAGGCUGCAGACCUCCUAAUGGCUGAUUUUAAGAUGCUAAGCAGUCAGGACAUUAAGUGGGCGUUGCAUGAGCUAAAGGGACACUAUGCAAUUACAAGAAAGACUUUUUCAGAUGCCAUUAAGAAGUGGCAGGAGCUGUCGCCUGAUGCAGCAGGGAAACGUAAAAAGAGAAAAGAGAUGAACCAGUUCUCCUACAUUGAUUUCAAAUUUGACCAAGGAAAUGUGACAAUUGAGAAACGAAUGUUUUUCUUGGAAAAUAAGAGGCGGCAUUGGAGGUCCUAUGACAUGAGCUCUUUGUUGCCAGCUGUGCGGAUGGAGUUGGAAUUUUAUGAGCAAAAGAUGAAAGAAAUUGCAGAGCAUGCAGAUUUUCUUCUUGCCCUGCAAGUGAAUGAAGAGCAAUAUGAACAGGAUGGCCAGAUGAUAGAGUGCCGCUGUUGCUACGGGUCAUUUGCCUUUGAAGAACUGACACAAUGUGCAGAUGGGCAUCUAUUCUGCAAGGAGUGCCUCAUUAAAUAUGCACAGGAGGCUGCUUUUGGCUCUGGGCAGCCCAGGUUGAGCUGCUUGGAAGGGACCUGCACCUGUGAUUUUCCAACUAGUGAGUUGGAAAAAGUACUACCAGAAAAUAUUCUUCAGAAGUACUAUGAACGGAAAGCUGAAGAAGACAUCUCUGCAGCUUGUGCAGAUCAGCUUGUCAGGUGUCCUUCUUGUAGUUUUCCUGCACUUCUUGAUCAAGAUGUGGACAGAUUUAGUUGCCCCAAUCUCCACUGUAGAAAGGAAACAUGCAAGAAAUGCCAAAAGACAUGGAAAGAACAUGCAGGAUUAACAUGUGAGGAGCUGGCAGAGAGCGAUGAUGUUAAAUACCGAACAUUCAUUGAAGAGAAGAUGACUGCUGCUCGAGUAAGAAAAUGCCACAUAUGUUCCACAGGCCUUAUUAAAUCAGAAGGAUGCAACAGGAUGUCUUGCCGUUGUGGAGCCCAGAUGUGUUACCUCUGUCGAGCACCCAUCAAUGGGUAUGACCACUUCUGCCAGCAUCCACACUCUCCUGGGGCACCUUGCCGAGAGUGCACACGAUGCUCUCUUUGGACAGAUCCAUCGCAAGAUGAUGAAAAGUUAAUUCAGGACAUCCAAAGAGAAGCGGAAAGGGAACAAAGGAGGAAAAAAGGAGAUGGUGGCAUCAAAAGAAUAGGCCCUCCAAUCCAAGCGAGUUCACACAAAGUUGCCAGGUUAAAUGAAGUACCAGAAGCAAGACAUCCUCAAAACUUGAACCACCCUCAAAUCCGCCCAUUCCCUAUUCUACAUCCUGCAUUUCCGCUUCCACCUGUCCAGCCCAUGUACAAUAACCUUCCUCUGAACAUGGGAGCCAGACCUGCACCAUAUGUGCCUCCACUUCCCAACAUACGCGUGAACUAUAAUUUCCCACCUCUUAACAUCGAUUUAGAGCCCAACCUGCCAAUGCCCAUGCACUAUGGACCACAACCACGUCGUGAGUAGUGACUCAGCUGGCAUAGAGGUCAAAGGCAUUGAGAGGGAUGGAGCCACAAUAAAAGAAUGUAGUCUUUUCAGAGGCAAUAUGCAACACAGGGUGACACGUGCUGCUGUCUUCUAACAGUCUGAUCAGCCCACAAGGAGUUUGGAUAUUGUGUUAUUCACUGUUCCUAGCACAACUGUUUCGGGUUUUUUGUUUUUUUUUUUAGUUUGUUUUUUUGUGAGCGGCAUCAUAUCCAGAGAGAAAUGCAAAAGUUAAAAUGUAUGUCUGUGUUAAUAUACUUCGUUUUUUCUGAAAUGCCUGUUUUUAUUUCAAAAUUGCCCUAGGUACAGCAGUUUAAUUGUACUAUACAAAUUGUAGAAAUUGCAUAUUUCAGAGCUCUAACAGAUCCCUUAACCUUCCUGCUUUCAUCUUCUGUCAAUAGGCAAACUUGGUAUAUUACCAAUGUUCUGUUGUGG